AUGGGUCUCGGCAAGACUGUGCAGUCCAUCUCGGUCAUGGCCUACCUCGCCGAGAAGUACGACAUCUGGGGCCCCUUCCUUGUUGUUGCACCAGCCUCCACCCUGCACAACUGGGAGCAGGAAAUUCGCAAGUUCGUUCCCGAAUUCAAGAUUCUGCCGUACUGGGGCUCUGCCGGCGACCGAAAGGUGCUCCGCAAGUUCUGGGACCGCAAGCACGUCACGUACAAGAAGGAAGCCGCCUUCCACGUCUGCGUGACCUCGUACCAGCUCGUCGUCUCCGAUGUCGCCUACUUCCAGAAGAUGAAGUGGCAGUACAUGAUUCUCGACGAGGCGCAGGCCAUCAAGAGCUCGCAGAGUUCUCGUUGGAAGAGUCUCCUCGGCUUCCACUGCCGCAACCGACUUCUGCUUACCGGUACACCCAUCCAGAACAACAUGCAGGAACUGUGGGCACUGCUCCAUUUCAUCAUGCCGUCGCUGUUCGACUCGCACGAUGAGUUCAGCGAAUGGUUCUCCAAGGACAUUGAAUCGCACGCGCAGAGUAACACGAAGCUCAACGAGGACCAGCUCAAGCGUCUGCACAUGAUUCUGAAACCGUUCAUGUUGCGUCGCGUCAAGAAGCACGUGCAGAAGGAAUUGGGUGACAAGAUUGAGAAAGACAUCUUCUGCGAUCUCACCUACCGACAGCGAGCCAUCUACGCCAACCUCCGGAACCAGAUCAGCAUCAUGGACCUCAUCGAGAAGGCAACAACAGGCGACGACAAUGACUCGGGCACACUGAUGAACCUCGUCAUGCAAUUCCGCAAGGCAACAAUGUCGACGUUGGCUACUCGACUCGCAACAUGA